CAGAAAGGCCCUGCCGCAAUUCGUAUGCCGAAAUUCGUAUUUUCUGCCGCUGGUGUCUUUGAUAACAUUCUCAAGUACGUCGUGCUUGUUUCCAACAGGGGGUACACUGGCUGCCUCCGGAGUCAUUCGUUUCUGAAACAGCGUUUGCCGAAGGGGAGUUCCCGAUCGUCUGGCCGCAAAUUCCCACACGCACAAACGUUGUGCUUGUGAGCAGCAUCCAAAGAAGACGGAGUUCGUCGGCAAGCUUCGUUUUGCUACCGUGUAAAAUCGGCUCUUCCUGUUUUCCAGUAAGUGCGCCGCUUCCGCGCUUCUUGAUCCGGGGGAGACGUCCAGUUUCGCGUCCCUUUUCUCCUGCCCGCGCCCGGUUGCGUCUCAAACGGAAACUGAAUCCAGAGUUGCAGAGAGCCACCUUUUCAAAAGAGAAGCGUCGGAGCGAAGACGUACAGUCGGAAGUUUUUGAGAUUUGCUGGGCCCUGUGGCGCCGACGCGUACACGUGGCUUUCGUUCGUCGACUAACGCCAAGUCCGCUCCCGUUCUCUGCCAUCUUCGUACCCGGGGACAGUGUUUUUGUUCCCGUCCUGGUUUCCGGUGACCCAUCCCGUCUUCCUCCUCGACGACAUAUGUGUCGGCGUUGUUGCCACGAAAUUGUUCUGUGGAUCUGUCCCUAACGGUCAGGUCCUUCGUUUCUGUUCGUGGCCACGAUGCUCACGCCUUUUUAAAGUGUCGGGUGUUUUAGAUCCUGGGGUUCCUGGAAACUGGCGGGUUCCUCUCAUCGUGUCUGGUUUUCGGCGUGGAUAUCGGUUUCCCAGGCAAACGGCGUUGAGUGCCGAUUGGAAAAUAGCGGUAUUCUCCACUCCCCCUUUAGGCGGCUUAUCACAGCUCUGGGCGCCUUCCCCCGGGAGAGUGUGCACGUUUUCUUUCAGUGAACACACUAUUCUGUGGUCUCCUCUGCAGGUAGAAGUCUGCCGGAUACUCCCACUCGAGUUCCUGAGCAGGUCUUGGGUGUAUGUACACCUCGAGGCGUGGCCAGGCGCGCAUGUCAGUGUUCCGUCUCGUAGCGACUUCGCCUUUUUGGUAGAGCAUACUUUUCCUGUGUGAAAUCGUUGUGGCCGAAGAGUUGCAUUUUUCUCUUUCUGCAGGCGAGCUCUCCAGGGCUGUCCGUGUGUGGGCUUCCCUGCCGUUUGCUCAACGGUGAAACACAUUUCCAGGUUGACUCUGCGGGCAAUUUGCGGGUGUUUUUCAGGGGAGCGCGCGAUCGUGCAGGGAGGCCCCGGGGCGUUUCAGCGGGACAGUGGCGAAUCGGGGAACGAAGAGACGCCAGACGGAGGGAGAGAACGCAAACACUCAAGAGGGGUUCAACACCACGUGCACGCGUGAACGCAGACACCUUGAGAGCGAGAGAGGGAUGUGUCGAGGGUUGAAAGGAGAGGCGUAGAGACACCGUUGGCGAGGCGACAGUCGCGAGGGCGUUCUGGAAAGCACAUGCGAAGCGGGACCUGUCAAAAAGAACGUUCUAGCGGCUCUGGAGCAUCAGAAUUUGGAUUUCGAGGCGAAGCAUCCACGAGACACUUGUCAAAGCAACGAUGGCGGAAGUGAUGGAGAAGCCGGUUGAGGUGGUCGCCGACUUGGCGCCGGAGGAGGAGCAGCCUGCUCCGAGCGAGGUGCCUGCUGAAGUUCAGGCGAGUCCAGAGGAGGAGAAACCGAGCAACGGCGACGAACGACUCUCGAAGCCGUCCUUCGUCGUCCGCCUUCGAGGUCUGCCCUGGGAUGUGCAGGAAGAAAACGUCAUCGCGUUUUUCAAGCCCGUCGUCGCUCUCGAGAACGACAAUGUCCUCAUCUGCAUUGGAUUCGAUAAACGAACGACCGGUGAGGCGUACGUACAGCUCCCUGACCCCGGUCUUCGCGAGCAAGCGAUCAAGGAUCUCCACGGCCGUCUUCUGGGAACCCGGUGGAUCGAGGUCUUCCGUGCUUCGGAAGAGGAGUUCCAGAAGGCAGAUGACCGUCGCAAAACAGUCAUGGCGGCGAUUUCUGGAAACACAGACAGCCUGGAUGCGUCCAGGCGGAUGAACUUGAACGUCGUCAAACUGCGUGGCCUUCCGUGGUCCUGCAGCGAAAACGAAAUCGUCCGUUUCUUCAAAGCGGAAGGAGGCUUUGAUAUCCAUAGCGAUGACGUCGUGUUGGGAGUCACUGGCGACGGACGCCUCUCAGGCAUUGCGUUUGUUGAGCUGCCGAGCCCCGAUGUGGCCGAGAAGGCGCGUGAGGUUCUCCACAAGAAGUACAUGGGACGUCGCUUCAUCGAGGUCUACCCGGCGACUCGCGAGGACAUGCAGAGAGCGAAGCGGCCACCUGGCAGAGGCGGCUUCGACGGUUUCUACCACGGUGGCUUCAACUCCGGUCCGAUGAGAGGACCUGGACGUGGCGGCUUCCGUGGAGGCAUGGGCCGUGGAGGUUACGGUGGCCAUGGAUCGCCCUACGGUGGUGGUGGCUAUGGAGGCGGCGGCUACGGCGGCGGCGGCUAUGGCGGAGGAGGUGGUUAUGGUGGCGGCGGCUAUGGUGGUGGUGGCUAUGGUGGAGGCAAUGGCGGAUACGGUGGUGGCGGCAAUGGCGGAUACGGUGGUGGUGGCUAUGGCGGAGGCAACGGCGGCUACGGCGGUGGUGGUGGUGGUGGUUAUGGCGGAGGUGGUGGUGGGUACGGAGGGUACGGAGGUGGUGGUGGCUACGGCGGCGGUGGCGGCUUCGGAAGUGGUGGCUACGGUGGUGGUGGCGGGUACUCGCCUGCUGGUCCUCACCACGGCAGCAUGGACACUGCGAACUGGAGUGCCCAAGUGUUGAGACUGCGUGGACUGCCUUACAGUGCAAAUGAGCAGCACAUUGUGCAAUUCUUCCACGGCUUCCACAUGGCCGCGAUCCUGCCAUCGACAAUUCCUAUCGACGGUCGUCCGUCCGGCGAGGCGUACGUACAGUUCGUGGACGCGGCAGAGGCGCUCCGGGCGUUCCAGGCUAAGAACGGCGGUCGCAUGGACAAACGCAUGAUUGAACUUUUCCCCUCCUCUAAGCAAGAAAUGGAAUUCGCCGCACAAGGCGGAGACCCCCGAGUCUUCAGGGAGCGCAACAGGGGCUAUUGAGUGCUUUCUCCGAUGGAGAAGGAGCGCAGCCAGGUGGUCUGUGAUGUGAAGGAGAGCAGCGCCAGAAGAGAAGACGGAAAGUUGUAAUCGACGAAAGGUUCAACGCGUUUUGCAGAGAGGGCGUUUGCGCUCGCAACACACUCGUGGAGGAAGUUUCUGCGUGUGUAGGUCAUUUUUGCUUCGCAUGUGCGUAAUUUGUGUUUUGUCUUUCUCUGCACACACCGCACAUGCGGGAGGAAACAUCUUUUCGCGAGUGUGGCCUUCCUGCGGGGGCAACGAAGAAAAACGGGCGUAUGCGCACAGCACACGUUUUCGCCGUUUAUGUUCUAGCCAAUCUCUCGCCUCGUUCCUCCUUAAUUAUCGCCGUUCGUUCAGGUUCACUUCGCAUUUCGCAGUGACUUCUCUUUGUCAGUUGUGUGGGCGCGUACGUGUCAGGAAGAGAAACAGCAGUCCGUUUGCGGGAACAGAGAAAUAUGACUUGUCCGGGAAACACUUAGUAGACCCUUGCAUGGUGAACGCGGGUGUGUCUGGGGAUAUUCUCUGUGAAAACGUGCGAAAAGCAGAGACUCUGAGAUGCAUUUCUCACUGGGAGACAUACGACCCAGCGACAGGCGCCCGUCCUGCGCUUGGCGUACGGACUAACCGAGCUGUCGGAGCGUAUUUGUACGGUAGAAAAAGAGAACAUCAUACAAUGGGAGAGCAGAGAACAGUCAUGUCGACGCGAGUAAUAGGCUAAAGUGAGACAAACAUAAUCAAACGAAAGAGACUCGUGGGAUUACCAGCAUCCUGCCAUGAUAACGGUGCCGCUUCGUUUCAAAUGGAAAAACAGUGACUUCUGCACGCUCAACAAUUUCGUUGCAC